AUGAUUGAGAACUUGAAAAUGGCAAGUACAGAAUUUAGUGUCGAAACAGAUCAUUUAACUUAUAAGUUCAGCAAUGGUAAAGUUGGACUUGCAAACAUCACGAUUGAAUUGCCAUGGAACUCAAGAGCUUUAUUAAUUGGAUCCAAUGGUGCUGGUAAAUCAACACUUUUGAAAUUAUUAGCUGGUAAAACUUUAAGUACCGUUGGGAAGAUUUCGAUUGGAGGGCAUGAUCCAUUUAGAGGUGGCUCUGAUGCAUCAAAUAUAACAACAUACCUGGGGACAGAAUGGGCUUCAAAUCCAAUUGUCCGUAGAGACAUUCCUGUGACUGUUCUAAUUGAUUCAAUAGGUGGAGCUAUAUAUAAAGAAAGAAGAGAUGAGUUGGUUAAGUUGUUGGAUAUCGAUUUGAGUUGGAGAAUGCAUCAAGUAAGUGAUGGUGAGAGAAGAAGAGUCCAAUUGGCUAUGGGACUUUUAAAGCCUUGGAAAGUUUUAUUGUUAGAUGAGGUGACUGUGGAUUUGGAUGUUUUGGUGAGAUCCAGGUUAUUAUCUUUUUUGAAAAAUGAAACUGAAACAAGACAAUGCUCAAUCAUAUACGCAACACAUAUUUUUGAUGGGUUAGGUAAAUGGCCCACAAAUGUCAUUCAUAUCCAAAGUGGUAAAAUUUUGAAAAAUCUAAAGUACAACAAAGAUAUUCAGUAUGAAGGAACAAAUGGUAAUGAUGGUGAUGAUAUUCAACAACAUUUAAGUGAACCAGUAAUUAAAACGACUGAAGAUGAUUAUAUCAAAAUCCAAGCUAUUAAUUCACUUCAUCCACUAGCUUUAGAAUGGUUAAGACUAGAUCUUCUUUCAAGAGGUGAUCGUGAAGAAGGUGAUUUAAAUAGACCAAAAUGGGAAGAUUUACAAAAAGAGUUGGAGCUUUAUUACGAUGGAGGAAGAAGAGUCACUGACUAUUUCAAAGCUACCCGUGAAUAA